UAUGUGGUUCCAGUAGAGGUUAAGGCACGUUGUAGCUUUCCAACUACCAAGCUGGAGAAGAUGAAAGCAGCUAAAGCCCUGGUGGAGAAAGCAAUCAAGGCGCAAAAAGUAUUUUCAGUGCAGGGGCGCUAUCCUGUGAUCCGUGCCGGUUUACGGGCCAGAGGGUGGGUGGAGCGUUAUUUGUCCAACGCAGGCCAUGCAACGUCUCCCCGCCAGAGUGAAAAGGACAAGGAUGAAGAUGAUGCCAGUCCUAGAGCAUAUAAUUGCAGUGGGAUAAAAGAAAGAGGGGAUGACACUGAACAAGACGACCUUGACGACAUGUAUGAAUUCAUGUCUCGCCUGGUUCGAAAUCAAAAGCCUUUCUUCUACUGGAGCCCACGCUACGAUGCCACCCACUAUCGUUCGCUUCAACAGGACCAAAUCACCAACCACUAUGCCAACACCGCAAACUUCACCACCAAGGUGGGUCUAUGUGUGAACCUGCGUAACCUUAGGUGGUAUGACACUGCAGACCCUGACACCUUCUUUCCGAGAUGUUACAGGCUCGGGGCCAAGGAUGAGAGAGAUGCAUUCAUCGAGGACUUCAGAAGGACGGCGUGCAGCAGUCUGCUGAAGCACGUGGUUGAGACCAGCAUGAAGACAAAUGAGCCAAUGCAAGAUGUAGAGGGGAAAGCUGAAAGCACCGUCUCCACAGUGAGUGCAGGAGUGAUCAACACAGCCUUGCAGAGGUGUCAGGAGUAUCUGAGUGCCUUAGCGCACAGCGACAUCGAUGUGACUGUGAAACCUCUGCCUUUCGUGGAGGAAAAUCAAUGGAAUCACUUUCUGCAAAAGUACUACUUGGUUGUGCAUAAAGGUGCAUCGAUCAGAAGUAGUGCUGGUUUUGUGGAGCGCUGCCAGGCCAUGUUGGGCCGACUGAAGGAAGUGUGUCCUCAGCUGGACACGGAUGGAGUCAAUAACAUCUGGAUUAUAAAACCUGGUGCCAUGUCAAGAGGAAGAGGUAUUGUUUGCAUGAAUCGCUUGGAUCAGAUUUUAGCACUCGUAGACUCAGACAAAGCCCUGGUGAAAGAUAGCAAGUGGGUGGUUCAGAAGUACCUGGAACAGCCUCUGUUGGUCAAUGGAACCAAGUUUGACCUGCGUCAGUGGUUUCUCGUCACCGACUGGAACCCUCUGACAGUUUGGUUCUACAGGGAGUGCUACCUGAGGUUCUCCACACAGCCGUACUCCACAAAGAGACUUGAUAGCUCGGUCCAUCUGUGCAACAAUGCCAUCCAGAAGCACCUCCAGCCAUCAAAUGAGCGCCAUCCAAGCGUGCCAAGGGACAACAUGUGGUCCAGCUCCGACUUCAAAGCCUUUCUACAGCAGCAGAACCGUGGGGCGCAGUGGGACAAGGUGGUGGUCCCGGGUAUGCAACAAGCUCUGGUCCACGUCCUGCAGACAGUGCAGGACCAGGUGGAGCGCCGCAAGGCAACCUUUGAGUUAUACGGUGCCGAUUUCAUGUUGGGAAAUGAUCUGAAACCUUGGCUCCUUGAAGUCAACGCCAAUCCCACGAUGGCCUGCACCAGCGUUGUCACAGCUCGCCUCUGCCCCGCCGUGCAGCUGGACACGCUGAAGGUGGUGCUGGACAGACGAAACAACCCCAACGCCUUCACGGGAGGCUUCCGGUUGAUCUACAAACAGCCUGCUGUUGAACCCCCACAAUUUAGUGGAGUGAACCUAAUCGUGGAAGGAAACCACAUCGGGAAGCCUAAAUCUACAAAGCGCAGACAAAGGCUUCGUUAUACCCAGCCUCGCUCGACGCAAUCUGCAAGAAGCCACACGAGUUCUUCCGAGGACAAUGAACUAAUGAGUAAAGAUCAAGUGAAGUCAUGCGACCAGGCACAAGAGCAGCUUUCCCCGGAGAAGCGGCAGCAGACACCUCCUCCAAAGAGGGAACAACGAGAAAGUGCAGUGGUUCGCAAUGCCGGUUUGGUACCAGAACGACACGUGGUGGAGGACCACCAGUGUUUGAGUGUGAGUCGUGGCAUCGGCGGAACUCCCCUGGCCCAACGGAGCGUCCCCUUUUCUCGCACCACCCUCCCUUGCAGUGUUUCACUUGUAUGUAAAUCUCCAAUUAAACCAAUCCAUGGAGCGCACCUGUGGAAGUCCUUGCUUCCCAGGAGCUUUUUCGAGUCUUGUUACCGGCCCCCAGUCCGGGCAACUUCUUUCUGUCGGGAUCAGCUCCCCAUGCUGCGGCUCACAAGCAUGCAGCCAAAUAUGCUGCCGAGCUAUCGAAAACCCAUGGAGACCUUUCAAAUUGAGUCUAGUUAUAGAUUUCACAAGCAGCGUUAUAUGCAAACAAUGUCCAGAUAUAAAUGAUAAUGUACAGGAAGUGUUUUGUUUGUUCCCCCUUGAAAUUUGAUAAAAAUGAGCCCCCCCCCCCCUUUCGGCAUACACUAAUAAUUUAUCUGGAAUCACAAUCAAUAAUAGAUUUCAUUAAAGGACUUGUACUUUUAGAAAGAUAAUGCUCAAAUUUGAUUAAAACUUUCAGAGAGGUAUUACUUUGACUUGAAUAUCACAGAAUUUUGAAUAAAUGGAGUCAA